CCAGGGGAUUGCGAGCGCGAGAUCAAAGCGAUGGAAGAUAAGGGGGGGGUGGGGAAAACGAGGUUUGGGCAGAGACAGGAGCUGCUGACUGUUUUCUGUCGCCUGUCAGUCAAAGUUGAGGGAUGAACAGUUGGCGUGAAGUGCUGGCGUGGAUUUUGCUUCUCUUGUAGGCUGAAUGGAUGAUAGGCCGUCUUCUUGUUCCCUUGCUUUUUAUUGAUAUAUUAUUUUUGAACCUCCGAAGGGAGGGCGGGUGUUCGGCGAAGGCGAUGGGGCCUGUCUGUCGUUGCUGCGGCUGCGGCUCGACACCAUGCCACGACUGUGGGCUGUGGAGUUCACGUAUUCAACAACCAUGUAUCGUAAGCAGUAAGCAGGCUGUGUGGGUCUGCUGUAUAUGGUAGGUCCUAGUUAAAGACGAAAAAGUGCACUGACUACCGUAUCCUUAGAAUGAGUGGUGAAGAAUCAAUACUAAAUGGCGAGAGUUG